CAUUUAAAAAGUCUCAGAGAAAGCAAAGACAAGAUUUAAGCGGAAUUUCUUAUUAGCAGUUUAACUGAAAUGGAAAUCAAUUUAACUUUCCGGGAAAAACUGUCAUUACUGGCCAAAAUUUUAAAACAUCAGGUAUGGGUGGAUUAUCAAACUUCAACCAAUGAAUACGAGGUCACCAAAACUCAAUGCGGGUUGGUGAAGGGUCGUAAGCGUCGAAAUGUUUACGCUGAGCAAGGCUACUACUAUGCCUUUGAGGGCAUUCCCUAUGCCCAACCACCCGUGGGAAAAUUGAGAUUUCGCUCUCCCAAACCAAUGGAAGCCUGGAAUGACAUUCUCGAUUGCACCAGAAGUAGAUCCAAGCCGAUGCAGUAUAACUAUGUUAGCAAAUUUGUGGAAGGUUCCGAGGAUUGCCUGUAUUUGAAUGUUUAUACCAAAAAGAUGACAAGUGAAAAGCCUUUGCCAGUUAUGGUUUGGAUCUUUGGAGGCGGCUAUCAUUUCGGCGAAGCCUCCCGGGAUUUUUAUGGCCCAGACUAUUUCAUGCAGCAGGAUGUGGUUGUAGUGACAUUCAACUACAGGUUGGGUAUUUUUGGAUUUUUAUGCUUUGAUGAUCCCGAUCUCAAUAUUCCUGGCAAUGCUGGUUUGAAGGAUCAAGUUCUGGCAUUGAAAUGGAUCAAGAACAACAUACAAAGUUUCAAUGGCGAUCCCAACAACAUCACCCUGUUUGGACAAAGUGCAGGGGCAGCCUCCACACACCUUAUGACUAUGCUGCCUCAGACCAAAGGCCUAUUCCACAAGGCAAUUAUGCACUCCGGAUCGGUUUUAUGUCCCUGGGCCUGCACCGAAGACCACAAGGUGGGCCUCAAAUAUGCUCGCCAUGUCGGCUACAAGGGUGAUGGAAGCGAUAAGAGUGUCUAUGAGUUUUUAAACAAAUUGAAGUCCAAGCAAUUGGCAUUCCACGAUUUGCAGCUCUUGACAAAAUCGGAUUUAGUCAACAAUUACCAUUUGAAUUUUUUGCCCGUAGUCGAAUCUUUUGCCAGCGAAGACUGCAUCACAAAUAAACCUUUCAAGGACUUAAUGCCUCAUGCCUGGGGCAAUACUAUGCCAAUGAUGAUGGGAGCUACCUCUUCGGAGGGCUUGCUCUAUCAAAGUUUGGUAAAGAAAUUUCCUUUCCUCAUAGACGAAUUGAGUGAUUUUGUUAACCUACUGCCCGAUGAAACAAAACGAACACACCCCCCUGCCCAACUAAAAGAAAUGGGUCUUAAGCUGGCCAAAAGUUAUUUUGAUGGAACGAAACUGAAUGCCUCCGAUAACUUGAAUCAAUUUUUAAAUCUUUUGGGAUGUCGUUCGUUUUGGCACGGUGUCUAUAGGUCCAUAUGUGCCCGCCGAGAAUAUGCAAAGGAAAUACCCACCUACUGCUUCUAUUUCGACUUCGAUUCGAAAUUCUUCAAUCACUUUCGUAUGAUAUGCUGUGGACCCAACACGCAAGGCGUUUGUCAUUCUGAUGACGUUAGCUACUUAUUCUAUGGCGUCAUGGGGGAAAGACUUGAUGUCGAUAGCAAGGAAUAUCGGUGUAUUCAACGCAUGAUAGGAAUGUGGUAUAAUUUUGCCCUGACAUCAAAUCCCAAUUGUGACGCUACAAAAGAAGUGCCCUGGCAACCUGUAGGAGACCCUGAGGAGACCAUUAAAUGUUUGGCCAUAGGCGAAGAAGUGGAGUUUAAGACACUACCCAUUUGGAAGGAAUUAAAACUAUGGAAUAGUUUCUAUCGCAAGGAGGACUUAAUUUAGUUACUAUAACUGCACAAUUAUACAAUCUGGAAUACAUAACACGUUGACAAUUGUUAUAGAAAAAUAAAUGUGCUUUGGAAAUCAUAUAAA